ACAACUAGUUAGUAUUCAUCAGUUCAUCCCUGUAUUUUGGCAGAUAAGUGUUUUCUGCCAUAGAAACUUCAUCUCACCAUCAUCAUCAUCAUCAUUAUUACACAUAUACUUAACACUUAAUCACUUAUCAGUAUCAUAUAUUAGGGUCUAAGGUAAUGGAAUGAAAGGCUUUGGCUACCCAUUACUACUAGCACUGCUAUUACUACUCUUCCUCUUCUUUCUACUUGUUGCUAUCCAUGUUUCUAGGUUUUCACUCUCCUUUUCAUUUAAGACCUCGCAUCUAUCAAACUCAUCCCUUAUUCCUUCUUCAACCCUACUUAUUCUAUUUAUAGAUUAUUUUUCCAAUUCUUGGUGCUAGCUUAAUAGCUAGUGCUGCAGAUUAAAUAUACAUAUAUAUAUAUACUAUGUUGGGUUCUCUUAAUUCUUCUUCUUCUUCUCCUCAUGAACAAGAUCAACAAGAGGAAGCAACAGCAGUCUUAAAUCUGCAGUUCCAGCAGAUCAUUAAUCCACAAGCAACAGCAGCAGCAGCAGCAACAAGGGCUGCUGCUACUACUACUAGUACUACCAGUGUUGGUGGGUUCACUUCCUCAGCUAUUUAUAUGCGCCAAUUGCUUAUCAGCUGUGCAGAACUAAUCUCUCAGUCUGAUUUCUCCGCCGCCCACCGCCUCAUCUCCGUCUUGUCUUCUAGCUCUUCUCCUUACGGUGACUCUAGAGAAAGGUUGGUUCAUCAGUUUGUUAAAGCUCUUUCUCUCCGCCUUACUCAACUUGGAAGAACGGUUCCUCCUCCUCCUCCUCCUCCUCCUGGUGGUGGUGGUGGUGGUGGUUUUGAAGCCAUUAAUGUUGGUUCUUUGAUAAAUAGGGAUCAUCAUCAAUCAGAGGAGGCUCUUCAAUCUUGCUAUUUAUCGCUAAACCAAAUAACCCCAUUUAUAAGGUUUAGUCAUUUAACGGCAAAUCAAGCAAUCCUGGAAGCAAUAGAAGUAGGUCAGCAAGCUAUUCAUAUUAUAGACUUUGAUAUUAUGCAUGGAGUGCAAUGGCCUCCAUUGAUGCAGGCUUUAGCUGAGCGAUCAAACAACUCUCUUUACCCUCCUCCUAUGCUUCGAAUAACUGGUACUGGCCAUGACCUGAACAUUCUUCAUAGAACUGGUGACCGUCUUUUCAAAUUUGCUCAGUCAUUGGGCCUUAGAUUUCAGUUCCACCCUCUUCUCCUCCUCAACAAUGAUCCUUCUUCGCUUGCUCUUCACCUUCCGUCUGCCAUUACUCUUCUUCCAGAUGAAGCCUUGGCCGUUAACUGUGUCCUCUAUCUCCACCAGCUUUUGAAGGAUGACUCACGCGACCUGCGCAUCUUUCUCCACAGAAUCAAGGCCUUAAACCCAAAAGUUGUGACAAUUGCUGAAAGAGAAGCUAAUCAUAACCACCCUUUUUUCUUACAGAGAUUCUUGGAAGCUUUGGAUCACUAUACCGCUCUUUUUGACUCAUUGGAGGCUACUUUGCCGCCAAAUAGCAGAGAAAGGCUGGCUGUAGAGCAGAUAUGGUUUGGGCAAGAGAUCAUGGAUAUAGUUGCAGCAGAAGGAGAAUCAAGAAGAGAGAGGCAUGAAAGGUUUGAAUCAUGGGAAAUUAUGCUAAGGAGUGCAGGGUUUAAUAAUGUUCCUUUAAGCCCUUAUGCACUUUCUCAAGCUAAGCUUCUGCUGAGACUCCAUUAUCCUUCAGAAGGUUACCAUCUUCAAAUGAUCAACGAUUCUUUCUUUUUAGGUUGGCAGAAUCGUGCCCUUUUUUCAGUCUCUUCUUGGCACUAAUUACCUAAUUAUUAGUUUAAGACCCCAUUUCUAAUUAAUUAACCCUCUACCCCAACCACUCAAUCCCCCCACAAAGAAAAAGCAAAAGAGAAGAGGGAGAAUAUUUUACAAUUUUGCCUAAAGGGUUUUCUCUGUGACCCACCAGGGGGGAAAAGAAAGGUCCCAUUAUUAUUAACCUCAAAAAGCCCUUUCAACGUCUCCAAUAUAUAGUCAAAAUUCUCUUAAUUCUAUACCUCAAGUCUCAGUCUCUGAUGAUUACUGAUGAGCAUGCAUGGGAAUCUCAGCAGCUUAAUCUGAAACGUAGUUGCAUGAGCAUGAUUUUUGGAAGGAGAAUGUAUCAUCAUAAGCAGCUUUCAGCCAUAGCUAGCUAGCUAAUUCGAUCAACAUCUUGCUGCUUGAUAAUCACCAUGCAUGUCUUUCUUUCUUGGUUUGGAUGGAUUCUCUCUAUCUUGGGGAGCUGAAAAACUGAUCAAGAUUUAUAUGAUUUAUAUUUAUUUGAUAUAAUAUACAAUGGGGGUACGUUGACAUAUUUUGAUGUUUUGUUUUGCACUUGUCUUU